UUAUUUUUCACUGGCGCACACUGGUUCACAGAAUCACGUGAUGAUGAUCUGUAAUAUCGGUUCUUGCAUUAAUUUAUUAUACAUUUAGUAUGUGUUUAUUUUUUUUUAAAUACUGUAUAUAUUAAUAGUAAAAUAUAUUUUCUUGUUAAAAAUUAUACACUGUCAUUUUUUUUUCCUUAUUUGGAUCCAUGAAUUUGUACACUUACGAAGUAUAAACCAUUUAUCUUUGUGUGUGUUCCCAGAAUCCCAAACCACUAUUGUUGCUAAAGAAUGCUUGUCGGAGAAAGAAAAAGUUGGGAACAAAAGCUAAUAUUAUUUGUCUUACUAACAAAGGAUUAAGGACAUAUAUAAAAUUUAAAAUAAUUUUUAAGGAUGUAUUAGCAAUUUGUAAAAUUUUAUUAAUAUUAGAUAUACUAUUGAUUAAAGGUAAUUAAUCUACCCUUUUAUUAUUUUAUUAUUGUAUUUAAUGGUUGUGAAUAAUGGUCCACCUAUAGACCAUUUAAUUGGUCUUCCACGGUAGAAUUUAUCCUUGAUUUUAAUAUUAAACAAAUUAAAAGCUCAAAGAACAAAACUAAAAUAAUUAAAAAAUCAUCUGUUUAUAGAGAAGUCAUUUGCUUAUAACUUAAGAGAAUCUCAGGUUUCAAAAAAAAAAAAAAUCAUAUACCAUCGCAAUAAAAAGGGCAUUCAUAUAGCUUUUCGUUCCUUAAUUCCUUUUUUCUUUGAACUUUCAUCGUUUCAUUCUUCCUUCGGUUGUUUUUGUUUGUGAGUGUACACGCAUGCUAGCUUUCCUUCGACGCUGGAUUCCACGAUGGAGGAUGUUAUCUACACCACCCUGACGGGAUAGCAAUUCGUUCAUGAAAUUGAGGACUGUUGCUGCUAAUAGACAAGCUUCUAUGGGGGAGUUCACCGAGGGUGAGUAUGUUACUGUCGGUGAAUUACCUUCUCCAAGGGCAAAUCACUCGCGGAAAGUUUCAGUUCUUCCUCUCGUGUUUCUCAUCUUCUAUGAAGUUUCAGGGGGUCCUUUUGGGGUGGAGGAUACUGUGAAUGCAGCUGGUCCUCUGUUAGCCCUCCUUGGAUUCUUGCUUUUUCCAUUGAUAUGGAGUGUUCCCGAGGCUUUGAUUACUGCUGAGAUGGGUACCAUGUUCCCCGAAAACAGUGGUUAUGUGGUUUGGGUUUCCUCUGCAUUGGGUCCCUAUUGGGGGUUUCAGCAGGGUUGGAUGAAAUGGCUGAGUGGGGUGAUAGACAAUGCUUUAUACCCAGUUUUGUUUCUUGAUUAUCUGAAGUCAGGAAUCCCAGCUUUAGGUAGUGGUUUGCCUAGAGUUGUUGCAACAUGGGGUCUCACUAUAGUUCUCACUUACUUGAACUAUAGGGGUAUGACCAUUGUGGGAUGGGUUGCUGUUUGUUUGGGUGUUUUCUCGCUCCUCCCUUUUGUAGUUAUGGGAUUGUUGGCAAUUCCAGACAUAGAGCCUUCAAGAUGGGCUGUGACAAAUCUAAAUGAUAUUAACUGGAAUUUGUAUCUGAAUACUCUGUUUUGGAAUCUUAACUAUUGGGACUCCAUAAGUACUCUUGCUGGAGAAGUGGAAAAUCCAAAGAAAACUCUUCCAAGGGCGUUGUUUUAUGCUGUGAUCUUAGUAGUUCUGGGGUACUUCUUUCCUCUUCUUAUUGGUACUGGUGCUGUUGCUGUCGAUCGGCAGUUGUGGACGGAUGGCUACUUCUCAGAUAUUGCCUUGAUUAUUGGAGGAGCAUGGUUGAGAUGGUGGCUUCAGGCUGCUGCCGCAAUGUCAAACAUGGGAAUGUUUGUUGCUGAAAUGAGCAGUGAUGCUUUCCAGCUUCUAGGGAUGGCCGAGAGGGGAAUGUUGCCUGAGUUCUUCGGCAAGCGAUCUCGCCACGGAACACCUCUCAUAGGAAUCCUCUUUUCAGCUUCUGGUGUGAUUUUACUGUCAUGGCUGAGCUUUCAAGAAAUUGUAGCUGCAGAAAAUUUCCUGUACUGUUUUGGAAUGAUUUUGGAGUUUAUCGCAUUCAUUCUGUUGAGGAUCAAACAUCCCAACGCCUCUCGGCCUUACAAGAUACCAGGAGGAACGGCCGGAGCAAUUCUCAUGUGUAUUCCUCCUACAAUAUUGAUUUGUGUCGUGUUGUUUUUCUCCUCCGUUAAAGUAAUGGUUAUAAGCCUUAUUGCUAUGGCAAUUGGCCUUGUGAUGCAGCCUUGCCUCAAAUAUAUGGAGAAAAAGAGAUGGAUGAAGUUUUCCCAUAGUUCUGAUCUCCCUGCUUUUGGGAAUCAGGAGGAUACUCGCUCUUUGGUGAAUUAAUCUGUGUUGUUUCAAUAAUACGGAGAGGAUUUGCUCGUCAAGGUCUUUAAGCAUGCAAGUUUUAAAUUCUCUGAACACGACCACCAUAGAACGGAAGCUUUGUAUCAUCCUACACCUUUGGUAAUUCAGCUAUUUGUUUAUGUUUUUAGUUUGAUCAAUAGAUGGCAAUUAGAAACGUGGAAGCUAGUAUUUAGAAUGUUUUGAGAAAUGCUAUUAUUUGUUAUAAGUAAAUUCUGUUAUCAAUUGACAAGAAAAAAAUAAAGAUAGUGACUUUUUUCUUUAA